AUGAGCUCGAACCUGGGAGGAGCCCCUUGUUGCUGCUUCGGCUUGACCCAGUUGCAGCCCGCCGCCGUUAGGCUCCGGUUGCCGCCUGCUCGCGCCACAGACACUUCGGCUUCCCAGUCUCCGGCGCGCCUGAGGGCGGUGCUGGAGCAGGUGGACCAGGCGCUAAGCAAGGGGAACGACGAGGCCGCGCUCUCCCUUGUGCGCGGUUCGCAGGGGGGUGACGGCGGACUCCGGGCCUUUGGCGCCGCCAGGCAGGUACCUCAACGACUUUAUACAUUGGAUGAGCUUAAACUGAAUGGGAUUGAUACUUCUGCUUUCCUAUCGCCCUUGGAUCUGACACUAGGAUCAAUUGAGAGAAAUCUCCAAAUUGCAGCAGUUCUUGGAGGGCUUUCUGUAUCAGCUGCAUUAGAACUUUCUCAACUCCAAAUCCUGUUUCUCAUACUAGGUCUACUAUCUUUCUGGUCCGUGGACUUUGUAUAUUUUGGUGGUGGGGUGAGAAACUUGGUUCUUGAUACAAUUGGUCACUAUUUCAGCCAGAAGUAUCACAACAGAGUUAUUCAGCAUGAAGCUGGUCACUUCUUGAUAGCAUACUUGCUUGGAGUGCUUCCAAAAGGAUACACAAUUACAAGCUUGGAUACACUUAUCAAUCAAGGAUCGCUUAACAUGCAAGCUGGAACAGCUUUUGUGGACUAUGAGUUCCUUGGAGAGAUCAAUACAGGCAAGCUAUCUGCCACGAUGGUGAACAAGUUCUCGUGUAUAGCACUAGCUGGAGUCGCAACAGAGUAUCUUCUGUACGGACUUGCAGAAGGAGGAUUAGCUGACAUCAAUAAGCUUGAUGGAUUGCUCAAGAGUUUGGGUUUCACCCAAAAGAAAGCUGAUUCACAGGCUCAUGCUAUCAUGCUUGAGCAAGAGCACUACCUUGGCCACUGCAAGGAGGAGAUGCUCAUGUUGACUAACAUGUCAGAUGUUGUGAACAAUGUGGCCAAUGCUCUUAGGGAGACUGGACCUGCCCAUGUUGAUGCCAAUCUGUACCUUGCUGUGAUGGAGAUGUCUGGCUUCAGUGAGGCAUUUAUUGUUGCCUACACCUUCCUCCUAGACAACAAGGCCCAAGGCAGGAGCUUUGUGAACAUGAGUGAUGCCCACAGGGCCCUUUGGCUUAGGACCUUCCUGGCCAAAAACUACUAUGUGUAG